AUGCCGUACGCUGCAUGCAAUGGAUACGUUUGGGCUCUCGGAAUCAUUCAUUUCAUAGUAUUUGGUGUUGCCACAAUAAUAACGUUUCAUUGGCUUGAAUGCCUCUGCAUUCUUAAUUUGUCAUUUUUCUUCUCAGUUGAUUUAUAUUGUGCAUGUAGUAUCAAUUCAUAUAUGAUUCGGCGUCAUCAACAUUAUAAAUGGGAACGGAGUCCGGAAGAAGGAAUCAUUCAACAUAUAACUAUUCGAAAAAGAAACAAUGUUGCUGCAGAGAGUAUUCCAGAUCCAAUUCCUUUCGAAACUUGA